UUGAUUUAUGAACAGGAAAACUGAGUCGAAGCCUAACAGUACGUAUAUUUCAUUUGUCACUACCAGCAUCUCAAAGCCCAGUGGGGCUUGGCAGAACUAACUCAGUAAGGCUCUUUCUCGUGGCUGGGAGGAGCAAAGCGCUUGUGUUGUCCAUGGCGGACUACGGCACUCAGCAGCAACAGCGUCAAUACCAGGCAGGGCCAGGCGUCCCCAAAGAGACGGCUCUGCGAGCACUGAACACCAUAAUCCAGCUCCAUUUCGAGAAGACCCUUGAGAAGAAGCGAGCCAUCGACCUUCAAAAGAGGCAGCUUCACAAACUCUUUCAGAUAUUCUUCAUCUUAUUGACACUGGUGCUCCUGGUCCACACUCUGUCCACUCGUCUCCAAUGCCGCCAUUGCUGGAUCCCCAUCACCCUCCUCUCCCUGGCCCACCUCAUCUUCUACGUCUCCGUGGCCCAGACCCUGAGAUGCAUCAAUGGCUUCAAGUACCAGAGGCGCUGCCACAAGCUCACUCUCGGAUUGGCCACGGAUAAGCUCAGGGAGAUCAAGACCAAGAUGAGCGCUGCGGACGCUGAUGAGUGCGAGGAUGAGCUUGAGAUUCAGUACCAGGAACCCCCGGAAAGUUAUUUCGGUAAGUUCAAGAGGAAUUGGGCUCUUCAUUUCGGCUUUUUAAUCUUCACCUACGCCUUCAUGGUUUCUUCCUGUGUUGUUCUCCUGUGUUUUUGAGAAUUCCAUGGAGACAUUUCAAAUUAUCGGGUAUCAGGCAUCUAAUUCUGUUGUUAGGUGUAAACAUAAAUACACUGUAAGAUUCCACUAACGAACUCUGGAAUCAAUCCGAUGAUGAUGAUGAUGAUUAUUAUUAUUAUUAUUA